UGUGUGUGUGUGUGUGUGUGUGUUCUUGUUUUUAUAUCCCGGUGGGGACUUAAACCUGAAUGCACACCGCCUCAUGGGGACUCAUGUCACCGUGGGGACCUAAAUUGAGGUCCCCACGGGCAAAGCCUCACUAGCCCCUCCCAAAUGGUGUUAGAACACACCCCAUGCAUUUUCUCCAAUGUCCUCUUGGGGAUCAUUUUCAAGAGAAUAUUCUGUGUGACUGUGUAUCUAUGCGCCCCUGGGGGUCACACAGAAUAUUGCAGUCCCCACCACGUCAUUGUUCUGGAAAAGUGUGUCACUUUGUCUCCACUCUAUAGCGCCCCCUUUCUUGUCUUCAAUUAUUACAUUAACUGUUGAUGGACCAGCAUAAAAACUAUUUAAUACAUUACAUUACAAGGCAUCAACUGAUUAGAAUAUAUUAGAUAUGUUAAAAAAUUAUGCUCUUUAUGCAAUUUAUUGUAGAUCUAACAACAGAUUCCAAAUAUCCAUUAUGUGUUCAGGAUAUAAAUAUCCAUUAUUGAUAAAUAAAUCAAAAGGAGCAUAGCCAGUAUUUCACUCUUGCAUUAAUACAUUACCAGUUAAGGUUAAAAUAUUUUAGUGUGGUUUAUUGUAAUACUCAGUUCAUAUGCAAUGGUAUUACUGUAUGCAUCUAUAUUUAAAAAACUAAAGUUUGGCUUUGCCUAGAUUAGCCUACAUUUUAUUAAAAUAAACACAGGGUUUAUUUCUUCCUUCAGACUUUAAUGAGAAAAUCACUAUUGAUUGUAAAUGAGAACACAGAGAACAGACUUGUGUCCUUAUGGAGACCUAUAGCCAGGUUAGCUUGGAAGAAUGAAUGAUGCGAGAACACAGAACAUAAACAGAAUAUACCUGGCCCGGCUGAACCAUGUUACUAAUAAACAUGGGUCAAAAAAUUAAGUUUUGACCUACUGUUAGGUUGAAUUGGUCGGCUACAGUAGGCUACAUCUGUCUUUGUGAAGUUUAAGCAUGUGAACAAUGUGAAAUAAAUAGAUCUGAAUAAAGUUUAAAAACCUGUUCCAGCAUCAAGACAGGGCUGCUAUAGGGAAUGAGCAAGUAUAGGGGCAAUGGCUGAUUCAAGCAUGCUAUAGUGUCUGCGUUACACAAGGAGCAGCAAAAAGGCCAAAGUGCAGGACCGGUCAUCACAGUACACAAGUUUUAGCUUAGUCCUUUUAGCAGAGCUGUUAAUGGAUAUAGCAUCUGCUUCAAGAGGGCCAGUACUUCUUACAUCAGGUGCCUGGACAUGAUGGGCUUCUGCCAUAAACAGAGCAGCACAUUGACUUCCGUGAUUCCAAAUGUUAAAUGUCUACAGGGACCAAAUCGUUAUGGUUUUUUGCCCUCACAAGGGUUACAUAAAUCCUGGAAAUAAUGAACAAUGUCUCUUUAUCACAAUAGUCUAUGGGAAUUUACAUGUACAGUAGAUUUACAUACAUAAAACAUUUUAUUUCUAAGUUAAGGAUUUCUGUAUAUUCUUUCAAGAAUUAUGGGAGUAUUAAAUUAUGGAAGACACUUUUAUGCCAUCCUAAAGGUGGAUCUAGCUUAAGAGAAGGCAGUAGCAACAGAAGUGCUGACAUGGUUUCAGACCUUGUCUAGAACAUUACAACUAAGUGUGAAAAGAGAGAUAGUUUGCUUUUAUUUUAAGGAUGCCGUUAAUGAGCUUCAAAAUUAAUACAGACUGUUUUUCAGGACAUCAAGGAGAACAACAGCUCUGAAUCACUUUCUGUUCUGUUUUACACCUUUCAUUUCAAUCACUUCUAAGUAUCUAAGUAAACGGUGCAUUUAAAUAACACAUUAAUAACAGUAAACAACUUCAGUUACUUCUGGUGUUGUGUUGAAAUAAUUUGAAACUAGCAGGAAGAAUCAGGUUCAUGGAUCUACAGUAUGAGGCCAUCUUUAGAUGUCAGCUCUCUCCCUCCACACAGUAAAGUGUAGAUAGGAUACAAGGCCGGCCGGAACUGCAAAUACACAUCAAUACAGAAGCAUUUUUUAUGACACUGUAUAACAAUAAUUUAUAUUUUUACAGUACUGUGACGGUUAGGGUGGUUGUAGACAUUAAUGAAAUACUAUUUAUUGGGUAAUUUAAUAGAUAAUAUAAAUCAUAUUCGUUAACUUCCGGCCACAAACAUAUCUGAUCCAGCAACAACCCCUCCACACUCUUGCUUCACUCGCUCUGCUGCUAGACUCUCUUUAAGAGCAGUGUAGGUGCUGUGAGGCUCUCUGGAGCUACCAUCAUGUAAGCUAUUAUACCUGCUCAGGAAUAUUCCCACAAACCAUUUCAUUUUGCCACACUUUCUAUUAGAUAGGCCUGUGAUGUGCUGGUAUCAGUAGUUGAAGAUGAACAAACCAUUUUAAGGGCCUUGCAUUUAUUUAGGCCUGUUUGCCUUAAAGAAUACCAUAAAGAUGUAGUUAGAUGGUAUUACAUGCUCAUAUUAAAUUGACUGGACAUAUUAAAGAGUUUUGAUAAUGAUGUUCAGAUAAGUUGUAAUAAAAAGUAGUUUAUUCCCUUUUAAUAAUAAAGUAAUGGAUGUAUGUAGGUGUGCAUGGUCAAUGCAUCACAUCUAAUACAUUUAUGUGGUCCAAAAUGUUAAAUUACCAAAUGUUGGUAUUAUAAUAAAACAUAAUGGACACAUAAUGGCAGUUUAUUCCGCUAUGGCGACCCCAAUCAGGGACUAAACAUGAAUGAAUGAAUGAAUGGAAACAUAAUAAAACACAUGUUGUAUUAUUUACACCCUGACAGCAGGAUUGAAUGCCUUUAUUUAUUACAAGUGUUUGUAAUAGUUAAUGAAUUUUUUUUUUGUGAAUUCUUUAAUAGUUCUAAAUGGGAUCCAUUUAUUUAUGUGUUGUCAGAAUACAGCAUUUAAUAAUAAGGGGGUUCUUUGUAUCUUAAUUAUAACUUUUUUUCGUUAAGCUAUUAAAAUUCCCUUUAACCAUAAUGCAUUUAUUUAGUUAGAGCAAAUAUGUUCGGGUAAUAAGCUGAAUAAUUUCGAGUAAAAGUUCGACUGACACAUUAGAGCUGUCAGUGCUGGAUUGCUGCUGAAGGCCAUCCGCUGUGUAUGCAUGCGCCAGACCGCGGUUCAGUCGGCGACCCGCGCUAAAGCAGCGCGGGAGAGUGUGUGACAUUACACGUGACCGGAGAUUUUGCGUCCCCACCGCGACCAUCCCCUCCCCCCCACACACACACACCUGCGACACAGCAGGACAGGGUCAGAGAGGAUGCUGUGAGUAAAGGCGCGAAGACGUCAACAUGUCUGAAGGACAGGGCGAUAAAAGUGACAGAUACUCUGGAUGCACAGAAUUUGCAGUGGAUGAGGUGACAGCUUGUGCUAAAGAAGAGACAAAGCUUAACAAGAAAAUACUUGGUUAUGCUUCAGAAGAAUCUUCAUCAAGAUCAGAUAUCAGUGAGGAUGAUUACGUGCCAGAUACUGAAGAGUCUGACAGUAACACUUCAGAAAAAGUAGAGAGUUUAGUAAAAAAGAUAAGUAAUAAUAAGAAAAAGGUAAAGUCAACUUCAAAUGUUCCAGCAUGUAAAAAAAGACGUGCGUCUCCUUCACAAUCCUCUGCAUCUGACAAACAGGACAGUUCACUUCAAUCUUCUUCAUCAGGAGAACAUGAAGAAUCACAUUCACCCAAUAAUCUUAAUGUGAAUGUCAUGAUGCUCAAAAAAAAAAAAGAUGGAGCCAGACUAUAUAACAAAAAGUUUUACUGCCUAUUCUGCUUCAAACCAUUCAGUAAAAUCGCACGUCACCUAGAGUCUAAACAUAAAGAUAAGCCAGAGGUGGCAAGAGCGAUUGCUUUUCCGAAAGGCUCUAAAGAGCGAAAAAUACAGCUGAGUUUGUUAAGGAAUAAGGGGAACCGAUGUCAUAACGCUCAGGUACUCAGUGAAGGAAGAGGAACGGUGAUUCCUAAACAACAAUCCACUGCACCAGUAAAUGCAAGUGAUUAUUUGCACUGCAUUAACUGUUCAGCGUAUCUAAAAAGAAAAUCGCUAUGGCGGCAUAUGCAAAGAUGCCAGCUGAGCCAGAAAAUUAACAAAAUGAAGCCAGGGAAAACUCGUGUUCAGUCACUUUGCUCAUAUGCUGAACCUGUUCCAGACAGUAUAAGUGAAAGGUUUUGGAAAAUGGUGCUUGAUAUGCAUGACGAUGAGAUAACCCAUGUUGUCCGCAAAGAGAAAAUCAUACUGAAAUUAGGGCAACAUCUCUUCAAUAAGCAUGGCCAUGAUGUUACGAAGCAUGAAUACAUCAGGCAAAAAAUGCGUGAAACUGGACGUCUUGUCCUCGAAGGGAAAAAAAAUGGUAAGCUGAAGGAGGUGUCUGAUUUCUUUAUUCCAGCUAAUUUCCCUUAUGUUAUUCAAGCAGUUCACAGUGUAGCUGGCUUGAACGAAGAGACAAGCACAUUUAAAACACCAUCUUUAGCACUGAAGUUAGGGCACAACCUCAAGAAGAUGGCCAGCAUUAUUGAGUGUGAUGCCAUGAUGGCAGAUGAUAAGAAUAGUCUUAGCAACGUGCAAGCCUUCAAGCAAAUAUGUGACACUAAAUGGAGUGAGUGUGUGUCAUCCCAGGCCCUUCGUAAUUUGAGUGAAGUUAAAUGGAACUGUCCACAGCUUCUUCCGUUUGCGGAAGAUGUGAAGAAAAUGCAUCAGUAUCUUGACUGCCAAAGUAAGGCAUAUCAAGCAAGACUUGAGGAAGAACAAAGUAUGAAGCACUGGGCAGAACUUGCCAAAGUCACGCUUUGUCAGGUGAUACUAUUUAAUCGAAGAAGGGAAGGAGAGGUGUCUAAGAUGUCACUUAAUUCGUUUACAUUAAGGGACACAUCCUCAACUCAUCCGGAUGUUGAGCUUGCUCUGUCCGAUCUAGAGAAGUCACUUUGUAGUCAUUUUCAAAGAAUCGAAGUCCGAGGAAAACGUGGCAGAAAAGUCCCCAUUUUACUCACUCCUGAUAUGGUCGUCUCAAUGGAGUUGUUGGUGAAGACUCGCCGCAGCUGUGAUGUGCCAGAUGAGAACGUCUUUAUGUUCGGAAGACCCCAAGCUCUCACUUUCUUCAGAGGAUCUGACGUCAUUCGUAACAUAGCAAAAAGCUGUGGAGCAAAGCACCCCGAGGCAUUGUCCUCCACCAAACUGCGAAAGCACAUGGCCACUAUGUCCAAGGUGCUAAACUUAAAAGAGAAUGAAAUGGAUAACCUCGCAGAUUUUUUAGGGCAUGACAUCAGGGUCCACAGGCAAUAUUACAGACUUCCUGAAGGCACAUUGCAGCUAGCAAAAAUUAGCAAAGUCUUGAUGGCCAUGGAACGAGGACAGCUUUCACAGUUUAAAGGACAGAAUUUGGAUGAAAUCCAGAUUGAUCCCCAAGAGAAACUUUUGCUGGACAGUGAUGGAUCCGAGUCUGAAAAUGAGAUUGAGUCAACUGGAAAUGGUGCCUCACCUUCAAAUUCAGCAGAGAAAUCAAAGAAGUCUGCUGAGGUUGGACAACACCAAGAACCAUCCAAAGGAGGCAAGAAUCCUAAAAAACUGCAGCCGACUAGCAAGGACUUGCAGGAACCGCACAGAACAAAGAGAUCUUCACAAAACGAGCGAAGAAGGUGGUCUGUGGAGGAGAUCAAGGCCGUGGAGAAGACAAUGAUGGAAUUCAUAAUGUCUGGAAAGGUUCCUGGUAAAGCCCAGUGCAUGAACUGUAUCGAAAGUUCCCCAGCAGCACUUCAAAAUAGAAGUUGGGAGGGGGUGAAAUUUUAUGUAAAAAAUCGCAUUGAUUCCCUAAAGAAAAAAUUGUGAAAGGUAAGGACCUUCAUCUAAUUAUUUUUUUCGUGUUUGCCGGAAGAAAGAAAAUAUAUUACUUAAAAAAAAUGUGAAAGGUAGGUGAAAGGGCCUUCACCACUGUUUUUUUUUCAUGAUUGUUGAAAGCAACAAGUUUGAUUUCGUUAAAGCAAAAAAAUGUAAAAGAGCCUUCACCAGUUUUGUCUUUGUUAAAGGCAACAUGUAUGUGAAUCUUGUUUAAGAAAACUCAACAUGCAUCUGCUUAAAGAGCAGUAUACUAAAACUUUCACGUUAACAUUUAAAUAAAUGUUUAAAACACUAAAACA